AUGUCAGGUCGGCUGGGCCACCUAUUGGCUUUUGCCGCCCUCCGCCGAGGAUUGCAAGUUCGAGGGCUAGGCCGCUCACCAGGUGCGGUCAAAGCGGACCUUGCAUGUUCGCUCGAGUCCUUCAUAACUACUACAGCUUAUUACGACGUUCCCGCGCUCCGGAGAGCCGUGACCGGCGUCGAUGCAGUUAUCUGCGCCUAUUCUCCUACGCCUCAAAUGUAUCUUGAAGCUCAAUUACUACUCCUCCGAGAGGCAGAAAAUGCGGGUGUCAAGAUCUUUCAUGCACAAACCUGGAAUCUCAACUGGCACGGAAUACAGUUUGGAGAUAUGGAGUACUAUGAUGCGCAGAUAUCGUUUUGUCGCCAAGUGGAACUCACAAGCAAGAUCCGUCCUGUGUAUGUCUUUAGCGGAGUAUUUGGUGAGCAACUUUGGGGACCGUUAUCGGGAACAUUCCCGACCAAGCGAUCAGAUGGCACCUGUACGAUUGAUUACUGGGGCGCAGGGAAUACGAAAUACCCCUGGACGUCCAUGAAGAACUGUGCAGAAUUCAGCAUCGAGCUUCUCACUACUGAAAAAGACGUUGUCGAUGGUAAAGGCGGCUUCUUUUUUGUGCGUUCAGGCUACAACACAGUCCGAGAGUUCGCAGAAGUCUACGAAAGAUUAAAGCAAGUUAAGGUAGAGCUGAUCCGCAAAGGAAGCUCGGAAGAUUUGCAUGCAAAGGUUCAAGAACUACGACGAACAAACAGCCCUCGCCGCCACUGUAAGUGGCUUGGACUCUUGGUUGCCGACCUAGCAGAGCAAGGGAAAUGGUCUAUUGGUGACUACAAGGUUUUUGAAAACAUCCAAGUUGACACCAUUGAGGAUAUCAUCCAGGAGAUUGACCCUGAAGCCUGCGGGACCACCAAAGCAGCGUAG